AUGGAAUUGAACUUCACUAAAGACUACGAUCAGAAGCAACCCUUCGAUCGAAGCAUAAGCUUCGGUAGGGAAUUGUCAGUCAUCGACACAAGUCAAAAAUGUCGGACUCCGUCAUUUUUGGAAAGGUUGAAAAGUUUCGGAGAAGAUAGAGCCUCCAUGUUGCAACGGUCGAAACACAUUGAUUUGGAGGAUUCGUCAUCGUCCGCUCUCGACGAUAUAAUUUUUUUGGAUAGCUUCGAAGAAAUACACCAGAAAGGAGAUGCAAACGUUCUCGUGUCGAGAGACGUCGUUCGACAAAAUAUAUUGGAUAUGAUGAAAUCCGGAUCCGGAAACGUUAAGCUGCUGACCGAUAUCGAAACGGGAAACACGAGUGUCAAUAAUAUUGAAGAGCAUUUUGCGAAUUCUAGUCAAUUUGAAAAAAAUGUCGGUUUUCUUUGGUCCGUUUUUCACCGGAGAAGAGAUCUCUUGGAUUAUUUUUUGCAAUUCAACGUCGAUGUUAAUUUUUCCGAACCGCAAUUGGGUUUCACUCCUCUUCACCUGAGCUCUUUCAGCGGGUGUAACAAUUGCACCGCAUUGUUGAUAUCGAAAGGAGCGGAUGUGAACACAUUGACGAACAAAUACACUCCGCUUCAUUGUGCAGCUUUUGGAAAUGCCGCGUCAACUGCGAAACUCCUCCUCAAAGCGGGUGCCAAAAUCGUAUCGGAAAAAGUCUGCAACGAAACUCCGAUUCACUCGGCGGUUCGAUCCAAAGCCGUGGAUUGCUUGCAACUUUUCAUCACCGAAAAUAUGGAUUUGAGUAACAUGGGAGGAUGCGGGUACAGUCCCCUUCACUUGGCCGCCGAUUUGGGUCAUUUGCAGUGCUUGCAAAUUUUAUUGAAUUCGAAUAAAUGCGACAUCAAUUUACAAACGCUCGAACGAAAAUGCUCAGCUCUACAUUUGGCAGCCGAAAAUGGUUAUUACGAGUGCCUUAAAACAUUGUUAGAAUACGGUGCCGACUCGAAUGCGGUCAAUUACCGACAGCAAACUCCGCUUCACGCCGCCGCCAAAGUUUGUUCCGAAUCAGUCGAAUUACUUUUAAAAUACGGUGCCGAUCCCAACAGUCCCGACGCGGAUAACAGGACUCCGAUGCACGCGGCCGUGUGUAAAUGCGAAUCCGAACAUUCGUUGGAAAUAUUAGAUUAUUUAACCAUGUGGAAGGGUGACGUGAACAGACGGGACAAAUACGGGUACACUCCGCUUCACAUAGCAGCUCUCAACGAGUUGACCGAGUGCGUGGAAUGUUUAAUUCUUUCAGGUUCCGACGUGACGGCAAGGACGAGAGGGGGAACAUCGGCUUUAAGUAUAAUUUCGCGUAAAACUCCGGCGGCACUCGGUGCCGUCAAUCAAAAAUUGGACGAAUCCAUUACAACGAACGAUCCGGACGCAUCCAAAGAAAUCGUGUUAAUGUUUAAUUUCCGGUAUCUUCUUAAAAAUUGCAAACGCGGGGAAGUGAGUUUUCUUCAAACUCUCGUCGACGAAGGACAAAAGGAAUUUUUAAGUCAUCCCCUGUGCGAGGCUUUCCUCCACUUGAAGUGGCAGAAAAUUAGAAAGUAUUACAUAACAAGACUCAUUUUUUGUUUGCUCUUCGUCAUUCUCCUGAGCCUGUACGUUUUGACAGCUUUAGCGUAUCAAUGUUACAACGACUCCGUUUCCGAUGUUUUUCCAGACGUCGAAGCGAGAAUUUUGAUCGUCGACCCGGAACUGUGCACGAAAAAAUCUUACUUUGGAGAAUUGUUGAGGAGAAAUCCGAUAAUCAUGGAAAUGGAAUGGUUUUUUCUAGUUUUCAUAACCGUUUUGGAAAUAUUUAGAAAAAUCUACGGUUUCAGAGGAUACAAAUCCUUUCGGCAUUACAUAUCGCAAAAGGGAAACAUCGUGGAAUGGUUUGUCGUUUUGUCCGUUUUUCUCAUAUCUUUCGUGUACACGGGAAGAACGUACAUAUGGCAAAAUCACGUCGGAGCUUUGGCCGUUCUUUGCGGAUGGGCGAAUUUAAUGAUAAUGAUCGGGAAUUUGCCGAUAUUCGGAAGUUACGUCGCGAUGUACACGAAAGUUCAAAAAGAAUUCACAAAAUUGUUUUUGGCUUACAUUUGCCUACUGAUCGGAUUCACCGUUUGUUUUUGCGUCAUUUUUCCAAAAGCCAAACAAUUUUCGAAUCCUUUCGUCGCGGUGAUAAAAAUUUUGGUCAUGAUGACCGGGGAAUUAGAAUUCGACAGUUUGCUCGAGAACAUAACGCAAGAAGAAAGUCAUUCGGCGACGCUCUUGGAAAUCAGCGCGUUGACGACGUUCGUGUUCUUCCUACUAUUCGUGACGAUCAUCCUUAUGAAUUUACUCAUAGGGAUCGCCGUACACGACAUACAGGGAUUGCAAAAAACGGCGGUUUUAUCAAAGCUCGUGGGUCAAACGAAAUUGAUCACUCACAUCGAAUCCGCACUUUUCAACGGGUGUUUGCCCAAUUGUUUUCUCAAACUCUUGCAAAUCACCGCUUUGAUAUCGCCCUCGUCGUACCGCGUCGUCGUCAGCGUGAAACCGUUGAAUCCGAGAGAAACGAGGUUGCCGCAGGACGUCAUGAGAUCGGGAUUGAAAGUGGCCAAACAGAAAAGAGCAAAGGGACCGACACCGUCGGCGAGAAGUUCAAUGAGAUAUCCGACGAUGAAAAAGCGGAAAACGAUGAUGAUGAUGAACGAGGAAGUCAUUGCUGACAUGAGAAACGCUUUGUCCAAAUUGAUGGACGAAGUCGGAACAAUCAAACGUUUAAUAAUGGCGGGAGAAAGAAAUGAUAUUUUAUUUCCGCUUUUACUGACGGACAUGUUGGGAAAAGUAGACAUAGAAUGCACGGUAGAAAAUGGCGGGCCGUCGGGUCAAGCAGGUGCUCUAAGGUAUGCAAUCAGUAAAACUCUUUACACGUUGGUGGAUGAAAACGUUCGUGCGAAAAUGAUGUUGGCGGGUUUAACGCAAAGGGAUAUAAGGAGAAGAGAAAGGAAAAAACCUGGAAGAGAUGGAGCUAGAAGAAGAUAUACCUGGUUGAAACGAUGA